AUGGAUCAGCUCCCGCCCGGAAACGCGCCUGGCUUGGCCUACAACUCCCUCCAGGUAGGGACAGUCGUCGCCUUCGGCGUUACCUACGGGUUUUGCACCAUCUUCCUUGCGCUUCGCUACUUCCAAGCCGUCACUAUGGUAAAGAAGAUCGAGCUGGACCUAAUUAUCCUCACGCUUUCUUAUGGCGCUGCCCUGGUCUACUUUAUAACAAUGGUUGUUUUGAUGCGCCAUGGCUGGGGGAGACACAUUGCUGAGCUGAACAUGACGGACCUCCUGGAGUUCAACCAGGCCUUGCUUCCCAACACCCUAACCUAUCUCAUAACGCCAGCCGUCACCAAGAUGGCCAUCCUGGUGGUCCUGUUCAAGAUCAACCCCUCUAUUAUCUACCGCGGCUGCGUCGUCGUCGUCGGCGUUAGCAUCUUCGCCUACACUUUGGUCUUGACCAGCAUCGCCGGCGGUCCCUGCAGUCCUCUCAAGGAGGGGACGCUUUCGUGUCUAAUGAAUAUUGCCCUUUCUCAAGCCGUGCUCAACAUUGCCUCGGACCUUGCUGUUGUGGCGUUGCCCAUUCCUACGAUUUUGGCGCUACAGCUCUCGGCGAAGCAGAAGAUCAUAAUCAGCUCUAUCCUAGCCCUAGGAUCCGGAGUCGUCAUCUGCUCCAUUGCCCGUCUCCCAUACGUCCACAAGAUGUUCAACGACACCGAUACCACGUACACGGAGGCCAUCCUGGGUGUGUGGUCCAUUGUCGAGAUCAACCUGGGCAUCAUCUGCGGCGCGGCGAUGCGAAUGAAGCCGCUGAUAAUGCGGUGGCUGCCACAGCUCAGCCUGUUCUCAUCCACGGCUAAGUCUAAGUCUAACGGCAAGUCGGCGCCCGGUUUUCUCGGCACAUCGUCCGCAGCGCUGCGCACCGACCCGCGCAAGGCGCAGCACACGUACCAGCUCCAUAGCAUCCAGAAGAGCAGCGCCAACCCCAACAGCCAGGACAGCGACAUCCACGUCUACCGCGAGCACGACGUCACCACCGAGCACGACGGAAGGAGCAGAGGUUGCAGCGACACCGACAGCAUGGAUAGAAUCAAUGUUCCUGCGUGA